GGGAUGGAUGCUCGGCCAUGCACAGGCCUCAAUGCGCCUGCGAAGGGAUCGAUGGUCCAAAUUGAUUUGGUGGAGAGAACUCACGAGCGGAUAGGCCAGCUAGCGACCAGGUAAUGAGUGUGGGGGGAACGGCAGAAGCAAUGAAAAAAGAUGCUCUCACGGUCGGCACAGGAAAGGGGUUCACGCGCCGUAGUUCUCGAGACCAGCACAUCGAAUCACAGCCAUAGUGGUUAGUCCUCCCAAUGCGGCACGGCGGGUCCCUAGCAGCAGCUUCCGCGCCCUCCACUCCUGCAUCCCCCGGCUGCUUUAGGCGGACCAUACCGGCUGUUACAGAGCCUUGCCAGAGCCUUGCCAGAGCCUUGCCAGGAAGUGGUCGCUGCACAGUUCAUCACCCUGAGCUCGUGUCUGUCGUUCGACUCUGUCUCGGCAAUCUAUCUGGGUUUCGUCACGCCGUUCGGUUUGUUGCUCACAAGCAUACACGAAAACGAAACUGUGGAGAAGUACUCGAGCUUUGGACAAUCAUUUCUAUUGCUGCGCCGUAUCCAUGGAUCGGAAUCUCGAGCCCCAUUCUGCAUUGCGGCUCCACAAUCACCCUCGAUAGGCCAUCCAGACUCGAAAUAAUCUCCGAGUCACAUAAGGAUUGUCGAAUGCUGCACCCUCAUUCGCGUUGCCUCCAAUCAACACGUCGAGUGCUCGAAUACAACGCGCUAUGGCCCCUGGCGCUACCGAUGAGCGCCAUUACACGUGCCGCCGCCUUUGCAUCUUUGUAGACUUGAACUUGCUCGUCCGACGGCCUGAUGCUGCAGUUCGAUAAUUGAGGGAGCGCACAUGCUUCGGGAGAGCAGAAGGUGAAAUAGUCUCUACUCCGAUUGCAAGGUACCUUCCCAUGGCAAGUGAUACGUGGAGCCUACAAUGAACCAGACUACAUUUCGUGCUCAAUGCAAUGAAGCGUGUUGCACUACUUUCGUGUUCAUUGACGUGUGUGAG